AUGGGGGUUGGACCGCUUCGGCGAGCUACUGGCAAUAGAAGGUUCGGAAUCCCUCAUGCCCUGAUCAGUGACAAUGGAACUCAGUUUUCCAACGCCAAAUUCAAAGAAUUCUGUGGAGGUUAUAGGAUAAAGAAUCUCUACUCCACCCCUGCCUACCCACAGUGCAACGGUCAGGCAGAGGCAUCUAGCAAGAUCAUCUUAGACGGAAUUAAGAAGAGGUUGGAGUCUUCCAAAGGAAGGUGGGUAGAAGAACUCCCGUCGUUAUUGUGGGCAUACCGAACCACCCCUCGCAGGUCCACUGAAAAGCCCCAUUUGUUUUGGCUUAUGGAGCAAAAGUCGUUAUUCCCUUAG